AUGAUAAAUAAUUCAUUAAUUUUAUUUAUUCUUAUCCUAACAACAUGUAUUCUUUGUGAUCCUAUUGAAUUAUCUGAGAUAAUUAUACGUGAACAUACACCAAUAGGUCAUUUAUUAGUAACAUUAAAUACAACAACUACAAAAUUACGAAAUUCAUAUCGAUUUGUUAGUAAUAAUCAUCGUGAAAUUCAACGAUAUUUUUCAUUAAAUUCUUCAACAGGUGAAUUACGUAUUGCAAUUGAUAUUGAUCGUGAGAUAAUUUGUACACAUCGACGUAUACAAUGUAAAUUUUUAUUAAAAAUUUUUGAAUUAUUCAAUGAAAAAUUAUAUCAUAUACCAAUAUUAAUCGAAGAUAUUAAUGAUCAUCGACCUAUAUUUCCAUAUAAAACAUCACCAAUUGAAUUACAUAUAUCAGAAAAUUCACCACCAUAUCAAUCAAAAUUAUUUAUUCAACAAGCAUAUGAUCAAGAUCAACUAGAUAAUCAAAAACAAUUAAAAUAUCAAUUAAAAAAUUUCGAAAAAAAUUUUCCAUUUAUUCUCGAAAUAAAUGAUGAUCUAUCAAAUCGUUUAGCACUUGUUCUUAUUCAAUUACUUGAUAGAGAAACUAUUGAUUCAUAUAAUUGUACAUUAUAUGUUACUGAUACCGGUGGUCAUGAAGAAAAACUUCAUAUGAAGAUUAUCAUUGAUGAUGUCAAUGAUCAAUCACCAAUUUUUGACAGUGAGACAUAUUCAAUUGAAUUAUCAGAAAAUACAUCAAUAAAUACAACUAUUCUUCGUGUUCAUGCUUAUGAUGCUGAUAUUGGUUUAAAUGGACAAAUAACAUAUGAUUUUACAGAUGCAUCAAAACAAUUUAAUAAUAUAUUUUCUAUUAAUAAUGAAACAGGUCUUAUUCGUCUACGUUCAUCACUUGAUUAUGAACAACGUUCAUCCUAUAUAUUCUAUAUUGAAGCACGUGAUUCCGGCAAAGAAAUACGUUCAUCUCAAACACUUAUUAAUAUCACAAUUUUAGAUGAAAAUGAUUGUUAUCCAAUAAUAACAUUUCGUUUUCUAUCCGAAUUAAAUUAUAAUUCAACAAAUGAUGUUAUUGAAAUCUCGGAAACAUAUCCAAUUGAUAAAUUUUUUAUCCAAAUUCUUGUUACUGAUCAAGAUAGUUUAUUAAAUGGCCAAGUUAAUCUAUGGUAUGAAAUACUUGAUGAAUAUAAUCCAACAAAAAAUCAUUCAUUUAAUUUAUAUCAAAUUGAUAAUUCAACAUAUUUUUUAAAUCGUACGAAAUCAUUUGAUUAUGAAUAUCAACAAAAAUAUUAUUUAAAAUUUUUUGCACAAGAUUUAAAUCCAAAAAAACCAUUACAAACAAUUAAAUAUCUAACAGUCAAUAUUCUAGAUGAAAAUGAUAAUAUUCCACAAUUUCUUCAUUCAUUUUAUCAUUUAUCUGUUUAUGAAAAUAAUCAAAUCAAUACAAUAUUAACAAAAAUUGAAGCCUAUGAUUCUGAUAAUGGAAAUAAUGGUCGAUUAAAAUAUGAAAUAUUAACAAAUGAAACCUUAUUACCAUUUGAUAUUGAUUCCGAUACAGGUUUUCUUCGUUGUUUAGAAAUAUUUGAUCGUGAAAAACGUUCCUAUUAUCAUUUUGAAAUAAUCGUACGUGAUUAUGGUUAUCCAAUAAGUUUAUCAAAUAAAAUACCGAUUGAAAUUGAUAUUAAAGAUAUCAAUGAUAAUAAACCAAUAUUUGAACAUGAAAAAUAUAAUUUUUCAAUUGAAGAAAAUUUUCCGAAAUUAAAAUCAUUUGGAAUCAUUCGCGCAACUGAUCAAGAUUUAAAUACAAAUUUAAUAUAUCAAAUUGAAAAAGAAACAAAAUUUGGUAUUAAAGAAAAUGGGGAAAUUUAUCUACGGGAUUCAAUUGAUAGAGAAAUUCAAGAUCAAUACAAUUUUAUUGUUACUGUUGGUGAUAAAUUAUUUCAAACAUCGGUAUCAGUUCAUAUAGAUAUAUUAGAUAUAAAUGAUUGUCAACCACGAUGGAUAAAUCCAUCGGAAAAUCGAACUGUUUAUGUUCUUAAUAAGGAUGUAAUAUCAAUUGGUACAAAUAUUCUUAAAUUUGAUGCGAUUGAUUAUGAUGAUGUAGCAAAUGGUAAUGGGUUGAUAAGUUAUUUUAUUGAAAAUAAAUAUGAAUUUUUUGAUAUAUGGAAUAAUAAUGAAUUAAUAUUAAAUUCUACACCGAACAUAGGAGAAUAUCGUUUGAAAAUUUAUGCACAAGAUCAUGGAAAAAUGAUACAAUAUGCAACAUUAAUUGAAAUUUAUAUAUUUAUUGGAGAUAAUCAUACAAAUGGAAGUUUAUUUUAUGAGAGUUUUUCGAAGAUUAAUUCUCUAUCAAGUAUAAAACGUAUUAUUUUAUUUUCAACUUUUUUUCUUUCGAUUAUCUUUAUUCUUAUAUUUAUUAUUUGUAUUGUUAUUAUAAUGAUAUGUCGAUAUAAAAAACAGAAAUAUUUAUAUUAUAUUAAAUGUAAUCAUCAACAAAAAAUGACAAUGAUAGAAAGUCGUUUAACACGUUCAAGUUCGAAUUCAUCGAAAUUAAGUUUGGAAGAUCUUCAUCAAAAACAUUUCAUUGAUCAUUCAUCAUCACCUUCAUAUACAGGUGCAAAUAUCUAUAGUCAACAUCAUCAAAUCUCAUCAAUCAUACAACCAACACAAACAACAAGUGAUUAUUAUAGUAAUAGUAGCAAGCAUGAAGAAGACGUUGAUGAAUGGACUGAUGAACAACAACGAUUAAAUAUCAAUAAUAAUGAUACUGAAUGGUCAAUUGAAAAAAUUCUUUAUCCUGAUUGGUUAUAUAAAGAUAUAACAACGACGACGACAGCAACAUCAUCAACAGCAAGAUUUCCAAAAAAACAUUUAAAUACAUCGACAUUUACAGAAUUUAACUCUUGUCAAACAUUUGCAACAAAUGAAAGUGCAUUGAGUAGUUCAAGAAGUGGAAGACGAACAAUAUCAUCAAAUAGUCAACCAUCACCGAAACAAGUUCGAUUUGGUUGUCAAGAUCAAAUACGUUCAUAUCCACAUUUAAAUACAACUAUUCGACAAUUAAAAACAGGAACAACGACAACCAUUUCAAACAAUGAAGCACAUCAUACAUUCAUAUAA